AUGACGCUUACAGACUCUAUACGUAUCCUGACUCCUUCGCCAAUCCUAGGCUACGGGUAUCCCGAGCAAGAUUUGUGGCGUGGAGUGACAGAAUACCAUGCGGACGCGAUCAUCGUUGAUGGGGGAAGUACUGACGGCGGACCAGAUGACCUCGCUCUGAACCAUACUGUCGUUUCAAGGGAGAUGUACGAGAGGGAUCUAUCACCCAUGAUCGAUGCUGUCUAUCACCAUGGCGUGAAGCUUUUGAUUUCAUCCGCUGGAGGAGCCGGCCCCAAAGCGCACGUAGACUUCAUAAUCGAGAUCAUCACUCAACUUGUCAUGGAGAAACAAUACAGUCUAAAGGUUGCGGCCAUUUACUCGGACGUUUCAAAGGAGACUGUGUUGCGGAAACUGAAGUUGGGUCAAAUCGAACCUUGCGGCGACAUUCCUCAGCUUGUGGAGGAGAAAAUUCAUAUAUCAGAUCAGAUUGUAUGUCAAGUUGGAUACGAACCAUUCUUAAAAGCUCUCCAAAGCGAGCCCGACAUCAUCGUUGGCGGCCGAGCGUACGAUCCCGCACCAUUCAUUGCCUACACGCUGCACAGACUCGGGCAUGAGGCAAGACCUACAGCAUGGCACAUGGGCAAGAUCAUGGAGUGUGGCGGUAUCUGCGCUAUACCGAAAGGCAAGGUCAUCCUGGCGACGGUGCGGCGCGACGCGUUCGAGCUGCUGCCAAUGAACCCCGACACUCGGUGUACGGAGCUUUCGGUUGCUGCACACACGUUGUACGAGAAGACUCGACCGGACCUCUUGGCUGGGCCGGGUGGACUCUUGGACAUCAGAGCAGCAACGUAUACUCAGAUCAGCGAUCGUGCGGUCCGAGUAUCAGGAGCAAAAAUCGUGGAAAAGCCGGUCGCGCUCAAGCUCGAAGGUGCUCGACAAGUUGGUUUCAAGACGGUGUUUUUAGGAGGUAUCAGAGAUCCUAUUCUGAUCAGUGGUAUCGAGAGCUUCACCGUCAAGACAUGGGAGAAUACAGCAGACAUGUUCCCCGUGCUCCGAAGCGAGCCAGAUACGCACAAGCUCUUGUGGAAGUUCUACGGAAAAAAUGCAGUCAUGGCCCAUCUUGAACCCAACGUCAACGCUUCCAUCCACGAAAUUGGACUGUAUGGCGAGGUGAUGGCACCAAGCCAACGAUUAUCGAAUGCCAUUGCAAAUUGUGCUCGGGUCGGUGUUCUGCACGGGGCCUAUCCCGGCCAAGUUGCUACUGCCGGCAAUUUCGCCUCCCCCGGCACACCACUCGAGCUCAGCGCAGGCGCGUGCUGUGAAUUUACUGUGUACCAUCUCAUGCAGGUCGAGGACCCGUCUGACUUUCCCAUUGAAGAAAGGGUAAUUGGUGGACCCCAUCGAUCGAUCAGCCCCACAAGAACGCCAGUGAAGAUAGUCAACGGCACGACGAAUGGGACUGCCUGCGGCUGGGUCAAAACGGAAGAGAAACCGGUCAUUGAAAGUCUCAUAGACCUGGCGAGAGUGGUGCGAUCGAAGAAUUCUGGGCCUUAUGAGAUUACAUUCGACGUUAUGUUCAGCUCAUACAAGGAUUACGAAUACGUCAAAGAUCUCGACAUUCUAAACACUAAAUUUGUCAAGAGAGCCUGGCAAUGCACCGAAGACGAUAUCCUCGCGCUCAUGUGGUUCAAGCCGGCCCUAGCAUGGAAGUGCACCAUCCGACGCGCUUGGGACCAAGGUAGUUUUGGUGAGAGGGACACGUUUGGGACAGCACAACAUGGUCCGUUAAUGAGUCUACGCCUCGAUGGCGGAAGAUAG